AUGUUAGUGGCUACAAGCUGCAUGGCAUGGACUGUAGAGAAUCAAGUUGGGACCGAUAACAUUCCCGAUCAAUUAAUCAACAAGCGUAGUGCUUGUAAUAAUGAUAGUGGUUGUACUAUGAGUUAUUCUGGUGCUGCUACUACUUGUGCUGGUUCUACUCCUGCUUCUAUUACUAUUCGUUAUAGCUGUGCUGCUGGUUAUGCUCCUAGUGUUCCUGGAUGUACUAUUACUUCUCGUGGUCCUACUCGUCCGUGGAUUAUUACUAAUAGUACUGGUAUUUAUAGUUAUUUGUUUUAUAGUAGUAUUGAUUAUGCUUGUCCUUAUAAAAUUUCUAUUGAUAUUAAUACUGUUGGUCAUAUACUUGAUGGUCCUGUUAUGAAGCCUUUGGUUGGUUAA